CAUCAUUGGAGCUUUGUGACGCCAAUACUUUUGUUGUUAGGGUUUGCGGGUGAAGCAUCGACAAAUCUAUUUUGGGUCUACCCACUCGCCCCGUCACCUCGCCGGCGUCGUCUGCUGUGUGUCUGCGCCCCGGUAGCUUAGAUUCAUGGCAGCGAUUGACACGGAAAUGGCGACGGGGCCGACCGGGGAGGGCUCUAGCGCCGGGGUGAGCUCCUCCAGUGCUGUUUCCAAGCGCCCGAAGCGGUUCGAGAUUAAGAAGUGGAAUGCUGUGGCUCUUUGGGCGUGGGACAUUGUGGUGGACAAUUGUGCUAUCUGCCGUAACCAUAUCAUGGACUUGUGUAUUGAGUGCCAAGCGAACCAAGCUAGUGCGACGAGUGAGGAGUGUACUGUGGCAUGGGAUUUGGUUCAGGUGUUUGCAAUCACGCCUUCCAUUUCCAUUGCAUCAGCAGAUGGUUGAAGACGCGACAAGUUUGUCCAUUAGAUAACAGCGAAUGGGAAUUCCAGAAGUAUGGACGAUAAAUGCUUUGGGAUUUGUGUUCCUAUUUUUGAGUGCUUUAUAUUCUUCUCUCACAGCUUCAGCUGUUUGUAAAUUUAUCAAGUCUAUGCACUCUACUUGAAGUUGUGUAGUGGUGAGGAUAGUAAAGUAGAAGCGUUUCUGUAGUAAAUAUGUUCUCACAACUUCAGAUGGAAUAUAGGGAGUCCCCCCUUCGUUGCCUCCCUCACUGUAUUUUCGACAUCUCUAUCUGCCCCAGAUGAGUAUGUCCAGUGAAUUUUGCAUUUUAUUUUCAUGA